AUGAUGGAGUUGAGUCAUAGUUUAACAUUAAAUGAGGAUGCAUUAAAUCAAAUUCCUGAAGCCAAACGACCAGUCUUUGUAUUUGAAUGGUUACGAUUUUUAGAUAAAGUUUUAGUCGCCGCACAAAAAAAUGACAUCAAAGGUUGUCAACAAAAAUUAGUCGAACAAUUAAGCAGACAUAUGCAAAAUGCACCAGGUCCACCAACACGAAGAUUAAUAGCUCGAUGUCUUGCAACAUUGUUCAGUGUUGGAGAUACAUUUCUGCUAUUUGACACCGUAAACAAAUGUAAUGACAUCUUAAAAAAUAAAGAUGAUUCUCCAAGUUUUCUUCCUACAAAAUUAGCUGCUAUAUGUUGUGUUGGAGCUAUGUACGAAAAAUUAGGACGUAUGAUGGGUAGAUCUUAUGAAGAAACAGUUCAAAUUCUUAUAAAAUCACUACGAUCAGCUGAAUCUCAAGUAAGGAUUGAAAUAAUGCAUACAUUAGAAAAAGUAUGUGCUGGUAUGGGCUCAGCAAUAAUAAAUGUGCAUAAAGAAAUAUCUAAAGUAGCUCGAAGUUAUCUAAUAGACAGAUCAAUGGCUGUUAGAUGUUCUGCCGCAAAAUGUCUUUUGGAAAUGCUAAAUCACGCUCCGUUUCUUUAUACUAAUGAAAUUGAGGCUAUGGCAACAUUAUGCUUUCGAGCAUUUGAAGGUUCUAAUUAUGAAGUACGGUGUUCUGUAGCUAAAUUAUUAGGUACUUUAUGUGCAAUGACACAGCUUCCAGCUCCAAAACCAAAAAAUCCAAUGACUUCUCAAGCUAAAAAUAGUAAAUCGAUAUCACUUGAAGAAGUUUUAAAUUUAUUAAUGGGCGGAUUUCCGCGAGGUGGAGUUGGAUUUCUGAAAGGAACUGGAGAAAUUAUAAAAGGCAAUUCAAGUGUUAAUAAAGAAAUUCGUGUUGGCGUGACACAUGCUUACGUUAUUUUCGUACAAAUAUUAGGCGGAACAUGGUUAGAAAGAAAUAUUGGAGUAUUUGUUGCACAUGUCCUUGAUCUUGUAGCAAAUUCAAAAGCUGCAAAUUCUCAUAUAGAUGCUGUUUAUUGUAGAAAGUGUAUCAAUUUUAUUCUUCGAGGUACUGUCGGAAAACUUUUAGGAGAAGGAGCUCAAGCAGCAGCGUGUAAAGAAAUAGCUCAUAUUAUUUUAAAGGAAAUGAACUCUAUUGAUUUUAAUCCGGAAAACGCUAAAGACUUUAAUCAAGAAACACUCUACAGUCAACAUUUAUUAGUUUGUGCAUUACAAGAAAUAGGUAAUUUAAUCCUCAGUCUCGGAACAACGGCAUCAAAUUUAAUCACAGAUCAAUCUCUGUGUCUUAUUGAUACAAUUAUGGCAGUGUUAGUCCAUCCAUGUCUAGCAGCACGAUUAGCAGCCUCAUGGUGUCUUCGUUGUAUUUGUGUUGCUAUACCAAGUCAAAUUACACCGUUGAUUGAUAAAUGCAUUGACGGUAUUGAAAAUAUGAGAAGUUCACCGGAGGCUAUUGCUGGAUACAGUAGUGCUCUUGCUGCUGUAUUAGGUAGUGUUAGAUUAUCUCCAUUAGGAGUACCUCAUACUAAAGGAAAAAUUAUAUUCAACACUGCUGAAGAAUUAUUAAGAUGUGCCGCUCAAAAUAGCCGAUUAUCUCUUAAUAGAACUCAAGCUGGUUGGUUACUGAUUGGAGCUAUUAUGACUUUAGGCACUGCUGUUGUUAAAGGCUUACUACCAAGGAUGCUUUUAUUAUGGCGAAAUGUUUUUCCGAGAUCUGCUAAGGAAUUGGAAAGUGAGAAAGCUCGAGGAGAUGAGUUUACUUGGCAUGUUACUUUGGAAGGUCGUGCAGGUGCACUUUCAGCUAUGUACAGUUUUUUAUUACACUGUCCUGAACUAGUAAAUGAUGAUAUUAUUCGUAGACUACUUACACCAAUAGAAUCUGCACUUGCAAUGCUUAUUAACAUUUCACCAGUUAUAAAAAAUUAUAGUCAACUAAAAGUACCAUCAGCAAUGUUACAGCCUAACAGCGUUGCCGGUUCUGGAGCUCUCGAACACAAUAUAUGUUCUUUAUAUCGGCCUGUAUCACCUAAUGAAACAAUUCCUGGGCCACUUCCACUCGGCGUUGCAGUGAUUGAUUUAUCAGUAUCAUUAUUUGGCCAAAUAUUUCCUCGAGUUGCUAAUAAGCAUCGUUUACAAAUGUUAGAUCAUUUUGGAGAAUGUAUCAAGCAUGCUAAAUCCAGCCGCCAAGAAGCUAUACAAAUGAAUGUAUUUACAGCAGUGUUAAGUGGUUUGAAAGGGCUUAACGAAACAAAAACUGGGUUUGGACAAGAAGAUGUCAAGAAAUCAGCAACAAAUUUAAUUGUCGGUACACUCGUUAGCAAUAAUUCAAUUUUACGAUGGGCGGCUGGAGAAGCCGUUGGACGUAUGGCUCAAGUAAUUUCAGACCCAAAAUACACAGCAAAAUUAGCUCAAAUGAGUUUCGAUCGUUUAAAAUCUGCGCGAGAUGUUGUUACUAGAACUGGCCACUCCUUAGCAUUAGGUUGCUUACAUAGAUACGUAGGAGGAAUGGGAUCAAGUCAACAUCUAAAUACUAGUGUUAGUAUUCUUCUCGCUCUUGCUCAAGAUAAUACCUCUCCAGUAGUCCAGGUAUGGGCUUUACACGCUUUAGCACUUAUUGCAGACUCUGGAGGCCCAAUGUUUCGCGGUUAUGUUGAGCCUACUUUGUCUUUAAUAUUGAUGUUAUUGUUAAAUGUGUCACAUUCACAUAUCGAUGUUCAUCAAUGCAUUGGAAAAGUUUUGUCUGCUUUAAUAACAACUAUCGGGCCUGAACUUCAAGGCAAUACAUCAUCUAUUUGUACAGCUCGACAAUCUUUUCUUUGUGCUUGUGCAAUAAUGCAAGAUCAUCAAGAUCCUUUAGUUCAAGCAGAGGCAACUGGAUGUCUUCAACAGUUGCACUUAUUUGCCCCACGUCAUGUAAAUUUAUCUUCUCUUGUGCCAACUUUAUGCCGUACAUUAUCAAGCAAUCAUUUACUCCUUCGUAAAGCAGCAAUAUCGUGUUUAAGACAACUUGCUCAGAGAGAAGCUAAGGAAGUAUGUGAACACGCGAUGAGUUUAGCAAACGAAAGUAGAGAUACAAAUAUUGUUGAAGGUUUAACAAUAACAGAGACAGGUCUUCCGGGAGUUCUUUUUAGUUUAUUAGACAUUGAAACUGAUAGUGGACUCAUUAAAGAUAUACACGAUAUUUUAACAAGUAUGCUACAAAUGUUAGCGGCUAAUAAUCUCUCUCUUUGGAUAGCUCUUUGCAAAGACGUACUUACAGUAGCAUCAGAAGCUAGUACAUGUGAAGAAAUAGCAAUAAUAUCUAAUGAAGAUAGCCUUGUAGGUAAUGACAGUGCUGAUACAGAAGGUGAUGAUGACCAAGCGGAGUUUCAUGCCGAUGAAUCUAAACUGCGCCCUAGUGUAUCUCCAAGGUGGCCAACGCGUGUUUUUGCUGCUCAAUGUGUCCGUCGUAUUAUAACCACUUGUAUAAAUAAUAAUAAUAAUAAUAAUAAUAAUAAUAAUAAACAAGCACAUUUCGACUUAUCAGUCGCUAAAGAAUUGCAGCAAGUAAAAGGUCGAGGUGAUUAUCUAGUUUUACAUCUAUCUGAUCUUGUACGAAUGGCUUUUAUUGCUGCAACCAGUGAUUGUGAUCCAUUACGUUUGGAGGGAUUGAAAACUCUUCAAGAAAUUAUUGAAAAGUUUGCUAAAGUACCUGAACCUGAGUUCCCAGGACAUUUACUUCUAGAGCAAUUUCAGGCGCAAGUAGGAGCUGCUUUAAGACCAGCAUUUUCUCCAGAUACACCAUCUCAUGUUACUGCUGCCGCUUGUGAAGCUUGCAGUGCUUGGAUAGGCAGUGGAGUAGCUCGGGACCUUAAUGAUCUUCGACGUGUUCACCAAUUGCUUGUUUCAUCAUUAGAAAAAUUACGUGAUGGCCAUACACGUCCGCAAUUAUAUAAUGAAAGUCUUCUAACUUUAGAAAGAUUGGCUAUUCUUAAAGCAUGGGCUGAAGUAUAUGUUGUAGCGAUGAUAAACAACGGAUCUACUCCAAAUAUACGUAAUUCAUCGUUAAGAAAUAUUAGUAAAACAGAAAAUACAGACAAUGAUGAUUUUGGUCAAUUUGAAUUUCAAAAUGAGAGUCUCUUGAGUUUAGUACAACCUGAAUUAUUGAGUUUAAGUCAAUAUUGGCUUGCAGCAUUACGUGAUCAUGCUUUACUCUUAUUACCACCAGAAUUUGCAAGUCAAUUACCUCACGAAGGAGGUGCAUUUUACACAACAGAUACAAUAGAAUCUGCAAGGCCUUAUUAUAUUAAAUCAUGGUCACCUAUUCUUCAUGCUGCUGCUUUGUGGUUAAAUACAAAAGGAUUUGAUUUGAAUCACAUGACGGUCGAUAAUAUUCCAACGCCUAAUAAUAAUUGCAAUAGCUACAACAACAACAACAACAACAAUAAUAAUAAUAAUAAUAAUCAUCACCAUCAUCAUCAUAACAAUAAAAAUAAUAACAACAAUAAUAGUAAUAAUAACAGUGACAAUAAUAACCCUACAGAUAAUAAUAUUAAUAAUUCCAAAUCAAAUACUAGUAUCGAACAUUUUCAUCUUCUUUUCGGUAUUUGUAUGGAAGCACUAUGUAAUUCACGUUCUUCUGAGUCUCCACAAAAUAUAAAAAUCUGUCUCAGCGCCCUAUUUACUUUAUUAGACUCCAUGUGGGUUAGAAAAAUUUUAACCGCCGAUAUUUCACUUCCUAUUGAACUUUGUAAUGUUCUUCAUAGACUUUUAUUGACGCAAGACAACUGUAUAAUUCAAAUGAUGACAAUGGAAGUACUGAAACAAAUUGUAAAGGCUGUUGAAGAAAAUUUAGAAGAAGAAAAAUUAAUCGAAUUAAAAAAAUUGGUGCCAGCUAAUUCAGAAGCGAUAAAUCGUGAAGAAUUAGAAUUAUUGGGCGAAGGAGGAGAAACAGGAGAAUUGAAGCCAGGCAAAUCAUUCAUUUUUGCAGUUUUAGAAAUUUGUCUUUGUGUUUUAGUUCGACAAUUACCUGCUUUGAAUCCUAAUCCUGAAGGAACAACUGCUAUUCUAUUACAAAAAAGUUACGUUGCUUCUGAAGAAAAUGGAAAACUUAUUACUUUAACUCUCAGUAUUAUGGAAACUCUUCCAUCUCUUUGCUCACCUCAAGGUGCUCUAUCAAUUCUUCCAACUCUUCUUUAUUUAGCUACUGGUAUUAUACGAGAAACUGGAGUUCGAGUUGAUAAUCAAAAUACCAGAACAGCAUCGGAGUCAUCUGUUCAUGCUUCGUUACAUUGUUUGAAGAGUUUCAUUACAAAUAAAUAUUCGAGGUAUACGGUAAGUCAAAAACAGUGGACGGAAUUACUUCAAAGUGCUCUUGCUAAAAUAAUCGAUUUAGCUAAAUCAGGAAAUGAUGAGACAAAAAUGGAUGAAGUUACAAUGAUGCUUGGUAUAGCUGUUUUUGUUCUUCAUGCAGUACCAGAAGUUGUUAGUGCACCGAAUAUACAGUUUCCUUGCAUCAAUCAUUUUAGACAAGCUAUUCAGUCUACUGAUACUUUGGUGAGGUUAAAAUGUGUUCAGACAUUAAAAACAAUAUUUAUGCAUCCCAAAAAAAGUAUUAGUACUCCUUAUAUCCAUACUCUUGCACCCAGAUUAGUUGAAUAUUUAUAUAGCGAUCAGAGUAAACAAAUUGAAAAUGAUCUCGAAUUGUCUUUUACUAUUGAAUGUAUUAGUACUGUUGAAGCUCUCAUUACUCUUGCUGAAUCUAAAACACGUAUUCAAAUGCUGACUCUUCUUGUUCCAAUAUUGAUAAAUUAUCUGUUAGAAGAAGAUCAAUUACUACAAGGAAAUCGAUGGCAAAUAAGUUUACAUCAACAGAGUUUUCAAUGGCUAAAUAAGAUUGGUCCAAAGUAUCCUCAAGAAUUCAAAACUUUGAUGUCACAAUCCACUGAGUUAAAGACUAAGUUAGAAAAUGCAGUGCAUUUAAGCCAUCAACAAGCACAGAGACACUCAAAGCAACCAGAAACAAUGAAACCAUUGUUUACGAAAGUAGUAACCCCAUCUAUAAAAUUAAAAACUGAUUUUUCAAAUUUUAAUUAA